CACCACACUGUAUAUAAAAUAUGAUUGCAGAUGUACAAUGUAUUUCGUAAUUCACUAAUUACAAAAUGUGUUGUACAUGUACAAUAUUGCACUCUUGCUCAUUGAUUUGAAGUCUAUUCAUAGUGAUAUUUAAAGUAUAACUUAAUACUUUGGGUUGUUGCAGAUGCAGCAGCAGCCGCUUGCUGUGGCUGGGCCUAACAACCAACAGGUUGGGGUUCUGCAGCAAGCCCAGAACCAUCGGAACCAGCAGCUCGCCAUGGUGAACCAGCAGCUCGCCCUGAACCAGAACCUCGCCCUGAACCAGAACCUCGCCCAGAACCAGAACCUCGCCCUGAACCAGAACCUCGCCCAGAACCAGAACCUGGCACAGAAUCAGCUGCUUGCCCAGAACCAGCUGUACCACUGCCAGCCCGUCUAUCAGCAGCUGUCUGCUUUUGGUUCCCCAAGUACAUUAUUGGAGAGCACAUCCGCCAGCACAUCCGCCAGCAUAUCAGCCAGCCCAUCCCCAGCGGAACCUAUGAACUACCAACUGAAUCAUCCUUGCAACUAUUUGCCUGGAACAGGUAAGUUAGUCGAGCAGGGUCGUGUUGUGGUUUGUUCCACUGGGCAGGGUGAUUUGAUUGAGGCUAUUCAAGUUCUUACUGCAACCAUCUCAAGCCUCGCAGUGAACAUUGACACAGCCUCCCUCGAUGCUGCAAUUGAAAAAUUUGCUGAGAGCAUAAACGUGCUCAGUAGACUCAACUAG